AUGAUACAAAUCUUCCUCCUUGGCCUGUUGGCUCAUUCAACUCAUAGCCUUACAUCGAUUGGUGAAAUCAUUGAAAAUACGAUCAAGCGAAUUCCCACACAAAACACCACCCGACCACUCGAAGUUCGAUUGGGAUUCUACUUGGAGAGUAUUGGAAAUUUCAAAUCCGCUGAAAUGUCCUUUGACGUGGAUAUGUACUUGUACAUGUCGUGGAAAGAUCACCGUUUAAGGCAUCGCUCCGUCGAUCAAGUACUCGUCACCGAUGAUCGCAUUAGGAAGAAGCUUUGGCUACCAGAUCUAUAUUUUGCGAACGCAAAAGAGGCAAAAGUUCACGAGGUGACCGCUCCGAAUUUCAAUAUAUUCAUUGAUAAAGAUGGAACGAUUGCUUACUCGUGCCGGUUCACGAUGUCGAUCAGUUGCAACUUGCAACUCCGAAACUAUCCAAUGGACGUGCAAAUGUGCGGAAUUCGGAUUCUUUCUUAUGCGCACAUACAAAAGCAAAUGGACGUGAAAUGGUUUGACGAGGGGCCGAUCCGAGCAAAUCCGGAAAUUCGACUUCCCGAAUUCGAGAUCACGAAUAUUACUGCCCGUUAUUGCAAUGGAGCCUAUCGAUAUGCGGUCACUCAAAAUGGAUAUAAAUACGCUGUGCCGGCUAGGGUGACUCUCUCAUUCACGACGCUCGUUUCAUUGACAACUUUGGGUAACGGUAUGCGUUACGGUCUACCGAUGGUCGACUACGCGAAAGCUAUCGAUUUAUGGUAUGGAGAGUCUCCACAUCGUCCUCCGUAUCUCGUCGUCUACAAAGAGCCCGAAAACCAGGAUGGAGCAACGGAGUACGAUUCGGCUGAGGAAACGUUUAACGAUGGUGGGAAUCUAGGAAAUCAAACGGAUCAGAUUAGAGAAGAUGAGCUCGAGAUUUCCGAUGAUGACACGAAAAUGUGGAACAAAGCGAUGCGAAAAGACAACCCGAAUGGACUGAUCGUGUUGCCGAGAAAGCGCAAGAACAAGGACCCGCAGGAGCCAUGCACUCAAGCAUCCCGUCCGAACUCUCAACUCAUCAAUCGGGGAGUCGCCGAGAGCACGUAUGCUGUGAUGAUGUGGCUGCGUGGUUCA